UAUAGCAGACCGUUACACUUCAACCAACAGGAAAGCAGAGCUUUCUCUGAAAGAUUGUUGAAGUUCUAACUUACUAUGCCUCACAGGAUAGCCGAGCUUUCUAGCAAGAGCAUAUAAGUGGAGACUAUGAACGCACAUCCGCCGCAUACAGCGGACCGUUACAAUAGCACAAGAAAACUGAAGAGUAUAAAGUUACGUUUAUUUCUGUAAUUUGGCAUCUUUCGUGAGAUUAAUCUACAGCAGCAUACGGUUUGAAUGGAAUGUACGUCUGAUAUUCUAUUAAUAGAAAGGGAGAUUGAAACUAGCAGAUAGAAAGGAAACUGGGGACUCGAAGGGAAAAGGGACGAAGUUGUAUUGAAAUAUCAGAGAAGGAAUGUGUUUUGUUUAAGAAAUUGUGUGAUUUAUUUGGUAUUUAAGUUAGAUUAGUGUGAUAUAUUGAUGUGAAGUGUUCGGAGGAAAUGUAGGAUUUAUUGCUAUGAGAAUAUAUAAUGGCAGAAAGUCUUACAUCAAGUAGUUCAUCCAGUAGCAUUUUAUCAAAUACAAAUUCAAACCUUAGUUCAAGAGACCUAGAGUCCAUUCCCUGUGGUGAACAAAGUACUGGAACAAAUCAAGCUGUGACACAUUUUAUCCCAAAUCCACGUGUUCCAAAUAUUUACUCUCAAAAAAAUCAACCAGCAGUAUCUGCAUCAGGUGUUUCUAUUUAUAAAGGCAGGAACCAGGAGGUAUCAAGACACACAAGCACUCCUCCAGUUGUGUCAGCACAGACUUCAUCUAUACCAGCUCCGACAUCUAUACAAAGAACAAGUCGACCCAUUAUUGUACCAACCUUUAUAGAUAAUCCCCAACCAAACGUCACCAUUCAUUCGGAAGAAGAAGAACCCCCUGAGGAUAUUGCCCCGGAUCCUCGCGAUUUUUACUCACAGUUUUACCGGGAGGAUGAUCGAUUAAAAACAUAUUAUGACUGGCCAGCAAAUGCAGCUGUAACAAAACAAGAAUUAGCCAAGAAUGGCUUCAUAUAUCAGCAUACUGCCGACAGAGUGCAGUGUGUAUUCUGUAGAGCAUGUUUGUCAAACUGGGAGCGGGGUGAUGUUGUAGAGAAUGAACACAGGAAGCAUUGUCCUGAAUGUCCAUUUGCAUUCGGGUAUGAUACUCGGAAUGUACCCAUUGUAAGACGUUCGACCCAGAAUGAGAACAGAAGGCCAGGUGGCACUGGUUCUCAUGUGCAGCGCCAUGUUGCCGAAUCAAUAUCUAGACCGUCGGACCGAACCCAACCAAUUACCUAUAAUACGACAGUGAAGGUUCCAGUGACAACAGAUGACGUUGCUCGUCUGGCAAAUCGCUUUGAUUCUCAUAGAAUUCGAGAAUCUCCCACUCCAGCAGGUGCCUUUGCCUUUUCUGGUCCUCAGUCUAGGCCAGUCGACCAAAGUGUGGCCAAUUCCCCUUCCAGUCUAUUGGGAUCAGGAGGGGUGAUUACAGAGCCCAAGUACCGUGAAUGGGAAAAUGAAAGCACAAGACUGAUGUCUUUCCGUGGUUGGCCGGCACAGAUGUCACAAAUUCCAAGACAGCUAGUUGAUGCAGGGCUGCUCUAUAUGGGUGAGGGUGACCGUUGCAAGUGUUACUGGUGCGGGGGAGAGCUGUAUGACUGGGAACCAGAGGAUAAUCCCUGGGUAGAGCAUGCCAAGUGGUUCCCGCAAUGUGGCUACGUACACAACAAGAAGGGUGUCGCCUUCAUCAACACAAUCAGAGGGGAACAGACUGGUGAGGUAGUGUCUGGUAAUGACAAUCUGCUGCAGAACCCACAUGUGUUGGCCGUGCUGCACCAGGGAUACACCCCCGAGCAGGUUGAGGAGGUCUACCGAAGACAUGGUGAGAAUGUGCUGGUGAAUGCCCUCAAGCUGAUAGAAGCCAUAAAGCGGACCAGGUAUGAGAGAGAGCAGGCCCUGCAGAACACCAACAGGCAGGACAACAAUUCCAUCAUCAGCAGCAGCAGCAGUCUACCUGAGCCAAGUGUUAUGAUGUCAGAGAGCCAUGGUGUCGUUGCCCAGGCUUCAGAAGAUGUGGAGAUGGGAGAAAUUGAGGAAAACCCACCCAGCUCUGAGAAUAGGAUGCUGCACAACAGGAGUCUGAAUUCGAUUGUUCGACCUGAAAGUUCUUGCUCUAGUGGAUCUCUUGAGUUAGAAUCUGUGUUGGAAGAAAACAAGAAGUUAAAGGACCAACAGCUGUGCAAAAUAUGUAUGGACAAGGAGGUAUGCAUCACGUUUCUGCCGUGCGGACAUCUGGCCACAUGCCUAGACUGUUCCACCUCCCUGCACGAGUGCCCAAUGUGCCGCAGGAAAAUUGAGGACAAAGUCCGCACGUACUGGUCGUAAAACUUGUUAACCUUUCCAAAAAGCUGGGAAGCUGGUUUUUACAGUGUUGCGCUUGCACAUUAAACCAGAAAACACGGUCACUGGGUGGAAUGGUGUAGUGGUAUAGGUGUCACCCAUGGGUUUCUGAGCUUGAGCCCUACCAGUUGAACUUCCUCUUAGCCUCUGUAAAGGGAUACCAGUACUGCCAUGCGUUCAGUAAAUGUGUUUGCAGCAAACGUUUGCUGUUGGGUUCUCCGCUUGCAGUGAAUGGGCUGCAUUGCAACAGGCAUACAAAACCAAACAGUCUGAUAAUGUUUGGUUAACGCUAGCCCUACUGAAUGCAUUGCUGAUGUCAGGCCAAAACCAGAGCAUGAUACAAUCAGCUUAUUGCUUGCUCCUGUUGUAGCGUUGCCUUUGACCUAAUUUAGAUGGUGUAGUGGUAAAGUUGUAUCAAAGGGGUCCCAGGUUUAACCAUUAGUAGCUAUAAGUUGUCCUGGCCUGUACUUAGGUACGAGCUCUAGAUUUAGUAAAUAGGAAACACUUUAUUUUGAUAUCAGUUAACCUUAUCAAAAUGUAAGUUAACCUUAUCAAAAUCAUAGUCAUAGCCCUUAAUUUAAAUAUUCAUUUUUACUAGGGAUGGCAACGAGUAGUAAAAUUAAUACUCGAGUACUCGGACAAUCGUUCGAUCGAGUACUCGGGUACUCGAUUACUCGGAAAAAUUGAUUGUGUUGCAAAGACAAGAUUGUGUAUACAUGUAUCGUUCAUGGCGUAUAUUGUGCAUUGGUCGUAUUAUUGGUCAUUUUCACCUUUAAAGUAAACUUUCAUUACGUAUUUUAACAAAAAAUGAUAUAAAAAGAAAACACAUGUUGUUUCAGGCUUUUAAUUUGUCUUAUUCGUUUCAUUUUAUACAAGUUUGCACUGCAGAAAUGAACAACAAUCAGCAAUACAAUGAACGAAAAUUAAUAGCAUACAUAAAAAUAGUGAACGAAAUUCAAUACGAAGUUCAGUUGUUCAGUUGUUUACUCUACAACUUAAUUUUUUUUAAAUUAUAGUUUUUCGUACUGUGUAAUUGUUGUUUACAUCAUUAAUAUUCAUAAUUCUUGAUUUAAAAUAUCAACCAAUCAAUUGUGAUAAUCAUUGCAAAAAUAGUUAAAAUACGCCCAUUAAGAAAUCAAUUCUCAAUACUCUUUCGCUCGUUAGCGUCCAUUGUUUGGUGAACAAUAGAAUUGUGUAGGUGAAAGUACCGCUAUCAAAACUUCGCUAAUUGACAUCAGUGCUAAUUUGAAAUAGGGGUCCUUUGUUCACAGUUUACAACUAUCACAACAACUGUCAACCAUUUGAUUGAGGUCAAUUGUGUACAAAGCGGGGAUUAGAGGGACCGUAAAUUGUCCUCUUGGCAACUAACCAGAUCUGAUAUUUUGUCUGUAAAUUGUGUAUUUGGUGAUUUUUUAUAGAUUUUUUUUUUUUCCGAGUACUCGAGUAGUGAUUUGGUACUAGAGUACUCGGACGUUCGAUCGAGUACUUAAAUACUCGGGUACUCGUUGCCAUCCCUAAUUUUUAAACAUGUAUUGCAAAUGCCACAAAUUUGUUAGAUUUAUUGCAAGACCUCAUAGAUUUACUAAUUAUGUAGAUUUUUCUGGAUAAUCAUGUGAGUACUACAAAUUUACAUUGUUUCAUCAUUACCCAGGACUAAGUACUUAUGCAUGGUUUAUAUUAGGAGUACAAAUAAGUCGUUUUUAAGGGGCAGUCACACAAGAGGAACUGUUUUUCUAAAUGAAAACCUACUGAGACAUUUAAACACAUAAAACAAGUCUGACAAAAACAAUUUUCAGAUAAGUUCAGACUGUGAAGGGUUAGGCUUUUCUUUAUGACUGUGAUGAAUAAACAAUUGAUAUCAGAUGAUACGAUGAUUGUUAUGAAAGUCCCUGUGUAUUAUUUACCAUCAAGUACUUAUAGAUAUCACAGCACAAAUCAGCAUAUUUACCCCUUAAUACAUAUUAAAGUUGGUCAGAAUGAGGUCAUAAACAUUGUUUUUGUUGACCAAAAUUAUGUGCGAAAGUACUUUGACUGUCGUUAGUUUAUAACUGUGCCUUAUAAAGUUACCAUCAAUUAAAUAAUCAAUUUAAGAUGCUAACAUUUUAAUUAAAGUUAAUAUUAAAACAAGUUUUAAAUGUGCUUUUUUACAAAACCCAUAUCUAAAGUAUUAAAACUAGCUUUUUUUUUAUCUUAAUUGUUAUCUUCCUUGUAAGUUUCAGUCAGUUUCAGUUUCACAUACAAGAUAAAGAUUUUAAGGGAUGAUUGUAUGUAUGCUUUCAUGUUCUUAGCCUUUAUUGAUUACUUGUAGUUAUUUUUAACCAUGUUUAUUUAUUUUUAUCCUGUUUCUGAUGUAAACAGAGGAAAUAUCUUGAGUUUAUAAAAUCCAGAGUCAGUGAUAUAAAUUGCAUGUUGAAUAUUUUUGUAUCAGGUGUAUGGUAAUAAUGUGUUUUAUGGAAAACCAAUGAUGUAUAGAGUUGUUUUUGAAUUCAAUACUUACACUUGUUGACAAUUGGGUAUUUACACUUGAAAAUAUUAAUGUUUCAUAUAAUAUAAAAAUAUUUGAAGUACAUGUGUAAUCAAUAGCAACUCGAAGUGAAAUGAUGAUUGGAUAGAUAUAAACAUAUCCUGACACUACUCAACAAUUAUUUAUCAUGUAUAAAUUUGUAGCAAUUAAUAUGAUGUUGUGAUUGUUGCUUUUACUAAUUGUUCAUCUGUAAACUAGAAUUCCACAAAAUUGGUAGUGUCAUCUUUCAGCUGAGCACCCAAUGUUGUCAAACCAAAUUUAUUACCAAUCUGAAUGCCACAACCUUGACCUAGAAAUCAAAAAGGUCAUCUACUGGUCAUGGUCAGGAAUAUUAAUGUUUGAGAAUCUGAGGGUCACGAGUUCUGGAUAUAUAGCUUUUUUUUUAGAAGGUCACAAUGACCUUGACCCCAAAAUAAGUCAGAUGAUCUAAUCACCAUGGCAGUAUGCAUUUUAAGUUUGACGGCUCAAACCAUCUUUCACAAGUUAUUGAUUGGAAACUGUUUAUCUAGUAUAUUUCACCAUGACAUACUGGCCCAGUGUUUGCUUAGCUCAUUUUUUUGACACUUAAAUGCUCAUUAACUGCUUAAAUUAUUCAUACAUAUUUUGAUGUAGAAUACAGUCGAAACUCGUUGGCUCGAUAUCUCAUGGCUCGAUAUCCUCGUUGGCUCGAACCAAAUUAAAAGGACCGAUUUUUAUUUACUCUUUGUUCAUAUAAAUUUUGAUCGGAUGGCUCGAUAUCUUGAGGGUCGAUAUUUCUCCAAGCGCGAAGUCGUUUUCGCGGUCCAAAACAAGAAUUUCACACUUUGAUUUGUUUGCUUGGGUCGAUGACAUUUUCGCGAGUUCAGUUAAGAAUCUCACAACUUGAUUUGUUUGAUUGGCUUCAUUUAGCACAAGGCGCUAAUCGAUUAAAAUUGCUUGACUGGUAUUAUAAUUAUUAUCGAAUUUAAAUGGUUUAACAGUUAUUGUUAUCCAUCCCUAAAUUACUAUGCAUUUUGAUUUAACUUUUAAGCUAUGUUUGUGUUACCCACUGUUUACAAUUGCUUGUUUUCGCAUAAAUGUAUUUUUAUUAUUAAUAAAAUGAUAUUUUCUAAUAAUCGAAUAAGUCAUAUUACGAAAUUUAGGGUGCGUAACUAUGCCCAAUAAAUACUCUUCCUUCUCUUGCGGAGAUAGCGUAGCCAAUAACAAACGAGGUAAAUAAGACUUUAUGUAACAAAUGAAAAAAUAACAUUCUUGGCUCGAUAUUCUCGAGGCUCGAAGUACUUUGGCCGGUCCCUAGAAUAUCGAGCCAUCGAGUUUCGACUGUAUACAGAUUUAAUAUAUGGAAAUUUGUGUUUAGUGAAAUAAAAACCACAUGAACAUUUUCAAAAAGGUAGCAAUUAUAUAUAUUAUCAAGCUAGAUUCCAAAGCGAGGAUACUUCCCUUUUAUUGCCUUUUAGGUAUAGCUAAGAAAUAAAAAAGUGCCAUUAAAGAUGAAAACUAUCUGAUGGUAUGUAUAUACAGAUCUGCUCUGAGGUUUGUCCUGUUAUUUUUUUAAAGCUUACAAUAUAGUUAAAAUAUUACAUUUCCGCUCAAACUACAAUAAAUUACUUCCUCCUUUUCAUUGUGUUUCAAAGUUGUUUGUAAUGACUGAUGUAUUAUUGUGUUAACUAUUUAUUUAUCAUGUGCAAUAAACAUAUUCUAUUAAGUUCUUGUGUGAUUUUAUGAGUGAGGCCACAUUUUAUUCUAGUAUAGCACAAGGGUAGAAUUGCUGGUGGGGUUGUUGCAGUUAUUUCAGAUUCCAAUGAAUUUGAUGUAUGUAAUCAAAUUAUGGUUGACUGAUUUGGUUUUUGUAUUCAAGUGUAGUGGUAUAGUGUAGAUAAAUUCCAUAUUGUAAAAAUGUUUACAAUAUUACACAAACCUUUUUGCACUAUUCUGCUUGCCAGUUCUUUAUUAUUCAGGGUACGUCAAAAGUCACUUUAAUUUGGCCAUAACAUACAAUUCGUUCAAGAAAUUUUAAUGAAUUUCUGUAGAAUCUGUAGAAUGUGCGUUUCCAAUAUGGCUUCAAAUUGUGUUUUAAUAUCAUAUUUUUCACUCUGAAAAAUGUCACUUUGUCUGACAUUUUCUCUACUAUUUGUUCAUAAAAAACCUAGGGUAGGGUGGGACCUGGAGACCACUUCUUAGUAUAUUUUCAUCUUUAUAUGGAAAUGAUCCAGAGCUUAGAAUGGUUCGAUCAGAAUUGACACACUUAGUAAAGAUAUUUAAAUAAUUGGCGUUAAUAAUUACGAAGUUAAUUGUCAAAUACUGACAAAGAACGCGGUUAUAAUAAUUAUGAAUUUACAGUUUGCACUUUUAUUUGAUGGUGUGAAACGAGUUACAAUGUGUAUUCACUUCCGUAUUAAUUUUCAAAGUGCACGGCUUUAUACUUCUACGAACGGAUAUUUACAUUGCAUUGUUCGCGAUAUUCUUUUUCGCGAAUUUUGAUUAUGGCUGACAAUAAAACAAAUUGGAAGUGUUUGACGAUAAAAGAACCUGUCACGUGUAUUAAAUUUUAGGAAAACGUUGGUACUGCAAGAAGAACUGUGGACGGACUCAAAUUAAUUUCUUGCCUAUGCUGACAAUUCAAAUCCAAACAUUAAAAGAAAAUUAAGGAAUUCAUUAACUUGUGUAUUCAUGGCUUUUGAUUCACAGAGUGACAUGCUUGGCAUGAUUAUGUCCUCUCAAUGUAAAUGCACUUUAAAUUAGACAGAAGUGACGCAAAUGAAAAUGACGGAAUACUUUAAACAUUGAACUUAAAAAUGUACAUGUAGUUGUGUGAACUCAUUUUAGUUAUGCCCCCCUUCGAAGAAGAGGGGUAUAUUGCUUUGCACAGGCAUGUCGGUCGGUCGGUCGGUCGGUAGACCAAAGCUUGUCCGAGUGAUAACUGAACAAUUCCUGGACGUAUGGUCAUCAAACUUCACAUGAAAGUUGGGCCUGACCAGUAGAUGACCCCUAUUGAUUUUGGGGGUCAAAGGUCAAGGUCACAAUGACCUUUAAUGGUAAAAUAAUUUUAAAGCUUGUCCGAGUGAUAACUCAACAAUGCCUGCACCCAUGGCCCUCAAACUUGACAUGGAGGUUGGGCCUGACUAGUAGAUGACCCCUAUUGUUUUUGGGGGUCAUCAGGCCAAAGGUCAAGGUCACAGUGACCUUGAAAGCAAACUUGACAAUUCUUGGACCUAUGGUCAUCAAACUUGACAUGGAGGUUGGGCCUGACCAGUAGAUGACCCCUAUUGAUUUUAGGGGUCAAAGGUCAAGGUCACAGUGACCUUGAAAGCAUACUUGACAAUUCUUGGACCUAUGGUCAUCAAACUUGACAUGAAGGUUGGGCCUGCCCAGUAGAUGACCCUUAUCAACUUUGGGGGUCAUCAGGCCAAGGUCAAUGUCACAGUAACCUUUAACGCAAAAAAGUUAACAAAUCUUCCCCCACUGAUAUCUCAACAAUGCCUGAACCUAUGAUCAUUAAACUUGACAUGAAUGUUAAGCCUGGCCAGUAGAUCACCCUUAUUGAUUUUAGGAUUCAUAGAGCCAAAGGUCAAGGUCACAGUGAUCUUGAAUGGUAAAAGGUUGUCCAAGUGAUAACUCAACAAUGCCUGAACCCAUGGCCUUCAAACUUGACUUGGAGUUGCAUCUGACUUGUAGAUGACCCCUUAUGAUUUAAGGAGUCAUCGGGUCAAAGGUCAAGGUCACAGUGACCUUGAACGAAAAAAACUUGUCUUGUGAUAACUUGACAAUGCCUGCACCCAUGGCCCUCAAACUUGACAUUUAGGUUUCUGGUGACCAGCUGAUGACUCUGGAUUUUGAGUUCAUAGAGUCAAAGGUCAUAACACACUUUAUCCUCACACUUUAAUGGUCAUAAUCUUAAAACAGCAACAAAUCAGCUGUCAUUUCGGUCCAUGCAUAUUUCAUUCAAUUGUCCAUAUAAUCCGGACAACAUGGCGCUCAGGGGGGCAUAAUGUUUGACAAACGUCUCUUGUUUUUUAUGUUUUUGCUAUGUAUUAAUUUUUAUCUAUUGCAUUCUAUUUGUAAAUUUGCAAUAAUGUUUGUUUUCUACAUUUAUAUUUAGUAUUCAACUAUCUUUAAUGAUACUGAUACUGGUAUAUAAUCGGCCUCUGUUUGAACAAAGCCAAAGUGUCAGGAAAGUUCAACCUGGACUAAGUGGCCACCUGUAGUAAGCAGCCACUUUUACCUUUUCCCAAAGGUGGCCACUUAAUACAGGUUUGACUGUACAACUGUUUCAUGAUUUGUUAGGCGUUAUUAAUCCAUGUUUGUCAUAUAAAACAUAAAUUGUUUAUGUUUUGUGCUUCAUUUUAUGUUUAAAAUUUGUAUUCUGAUUGUUGUUGACAAACUGCAAUGCAAGUGUAAUAUUGAAAACAUGAAAUUCCAUGCCACUGUAUGCUUUUGUUAUCUUACUAUACUUGUGUUAUGUGUUACAUAAUUUUAAGAGAUAAAUCUACAUAAACCAUAAAUA